CUCUUCUCUCAUCGUUCAGGCUUAAACACAAUUCCUCUUCUCUCUUCAUCAUCUCUCUCUCUUCUGUAAACAAAACAAUAAUUUUUUCUCUUCAUUAAUUCUCUCAAAAAAAACUCCGAAAAAAAUCAAACAUGGAAACUCCCAGACAACCCACCCACGUUGCACAACAAAAUGCCUCGCUGCCACACUCGCCGUGGCACUCUCCAGUGCCGUAUUUGUUCGGCGGCUUGGCGGCCAUGCUGGGUUUGAUCGCUUUCGCUCUCUUGAUUCUCGCGUGCUCCUACUGGAAGCUCUCGGGGUAUUUAGAUAGCGGGGAGAAUGGGAACGGAGAGCGUGAUUUGGAAGCCGGAGAGGCGAAAAAUGACGGGGAAAAUCAGAAGCCACCUCAGGUUUUUGAAGAAAAGUUUUUGGUGAUUAUGGCUGGAGAAAUGAAACCAACGUUCUUGGCCACGCCAAUGUCCAGUCGGUCGUCUUCUUUCGGCGAUGAAAGUAACAAAACGUGUUCUUGCAGUAGUGAAAAGAAUGAAAAACUGGAGGAGGAGGAGGAAGUGAAGCUGCAGAGUGGUGGUGGUGGUGAUCAGGCACAAAGAGGGAACAUGAAUUUACAUGAGUCCUCAGAUCAGAACCAUUAAUAAUAAUUUUCCUCCUUUUUCUUAAAAGAAAUUUGAGCUGUCAUUACGGUUUUGUUUUGGAGGUUUGUGAGGUUGUUUUGUAGAUGGUGAGCUUGCAUAGUUGCAUGUCAGAUUGGUGUGUGGCCUCUUGUUGUAGAUUUAGUUUAAAUUUCUCUUAUUUUUGCUUCCUUUUUUCAUUCGGGAAAUGUAAAUUUUUUUGAGAUUGAAAGGGAAGAUUAAUUAUAAUUAUCAAAAUCCUCAGACAAAUUGAAGUUUCUGUAAAAGCUGCUGGUUUUGGCAAAUCCAGAAACCAGAAAUUAUUUAAUUAAGGAUAUAUAACGUGUAAAAGUUUGGAAAA